CUUGAACGUGGGUAUUUAGGUUUGUCCAGAUUGCUUUAAAAUCAGUGAUUGUGGUUUUGAAAAAUAACCGCCCAUCUGGUAGAUUUGAGUGAGUUGUUGUGAGUGAGCUACACAGACGUUUUGAGAGACCCGACCACAUCCCGGCGUUCAGAAGAGUUGGUAACUCUAGGAAAGGACUGGUAGGGGUGACGAGUGGACGCGGGGCGACGAGUGGACGCGGGGCAGGCAUGGGUUGCAGCCACAGCAAGAGGAAAAACAAAGCGAAGGAGGAGAAAACAGUGAAGGAAGUCAACAACCAUCAAGAUGGAGGAGGUAAAGUCCCUCUGGAGGAGCUGAACGUGGCUCUAGAAACGGAGAAGCAGCUGGGUCAGUAUGAGUGGCAGCUGAAGAUCCUACGGGAGGUGCUGUCUGCCUCCGGGACCCAGGAGAGGGAGGAGCUACUAAAAGACCCAACCCAAGGAGAGCUCUGUGCCCUGGUCCACAACAUCACUGAGAAGUUUUGUGGCAGAACGGCAAGGACCGGCCCUGCUGAGAAGGUGGAAACAGAGACAGCUGCUGACCUGACUGUUCUCUAUGUGGAGAAGAGCCAGAGGAUCGCAGAGCAGCAUGAGAGACAGCUGGAAGAAUGGCAGAUGAUACAGAGUGACGAGACAAAACUACUAACAGAGACCCACCAGGCAGCUGAGAGAACGUUGAAGGAGGAGGUAGAGGAGCUGACUAGAGAGCUACACGUGUACAAUCAGUUAAAGAAGAGAGUUGACCAGUCUACCUUCAAGAAGGACCUGCAGCGGAACAUUCAGGCCCACGGCAGUCCUGGGCCAUUCUGGGAGCGGGAGCAGGAGAGUCUGCUGUUUGUCAUUGAGAUGAAGAGUGAACGUAUUCAGGCGCAGGGGAACAAACUGCUACAGAUGCAGGUUCUGGUGGAGAAGAAUCUGUCUCUAGAAGACCAGGUCAUAAAUGUUCUACAGAACAAUGAGGACCUGAGGGUUCGUAUCGACAACCAUCAAAGCCUUCUACAGCAGCUCUCCAAGGAGCACCAGGACCUCCAAGGGGCGUUAGACAGGCAGGCAGGUCUCUGUCAGAGGCUCACCCAGGAGAAAGAGCAACUCAUGUUUAAACUGAAGCACAGAGACUCCUGUCCUACCUUCCCAUCCUUCCCCAUAGUGUCUGAGAUCUCCCCCAGCUGAUCCGAACAGGACAGUCAGGGUUACCUCGAUCUUAAUCCUGUCCCAGGUUGUAAACAUGGAGCCUGAAUCCGGAACAUUUCCCAAAAUUCUGAAAGUAUUUUAUUUUUUUCAGAAUUCCCUGCUUGGAGGAUUCUAAGAAUCAUCCAGGAAUACGUAAUGAAUGAUUCCUCCAACCUGAAAUUCUUCCAAGUGGGAUUUCUGAAAAAGCAGGGGCCAUUGGGAAUGUUUCGGGGCCUUUUUUGAAACCCUAAUCCUACUUUGACAACCAAAGUCCAGGUACCUUUACAAAGGGCUAUAGUCACAUGUCUGAUGGAACCUGAUGCCAAAUAAUGUUUUUAGUCCAGUUGUGUACCUGCUGUGCCUUACAGUACAUCAUGUUUUCUAUAGCAGUAUGAUGCUCAUACAAAAGGACUGGGGUUUUUUUUGGGGGCAGUGGGUAUAGCCAUGCGCUUGUUGGACUUAACUGACUCCUGCUGUACAACUGCGAUCAUUAUUCGACUGACAUUCUCAUAGUUGUGUUACUGUUCAACUGAGAAUAUUCUAGGUGAAUGUGACCGUGUUCACUUUGAUGGUUUGACUUGCGGUUGUAGACAGAUGUACAAACUUAGUAGCUACAUUUAUUUUUAUAUAUAUAUAUCUACCUGCCGAGACACUAUGACGUUUAUCAAAAUGCAGUGUCAAGGUUUUACAUCACUCAGUAUGGAAUAGACGUAACAGAAUAUAAUGCCAUUUAAACCGUUACUUUAGACAACUGCCUUUGUAUUGGAAGAUGUUUAUACUUUUGUUUUAUAGAAUAUGGAAAAUAGAUUGCCAUGUUUGCAGUUGGAUUUUGUUCUCCUUUUUGUUUUGCAGAUGAGGCAUAUUUUUUACUUUUUUGAAGUAACAAAGAAACGGAAGCAAUUCUGUGUUUAAAUUUGUAUUUUUUUUCUUCUGAUGCACUAGCACUUUUAAUCAGUAUUUUACUAGUACUAUAUGUGAUCGGUAGUUGAUGUAAUUUUUUUUGUUAUUAUUGCGUUUACAUUUUAGUUGGUUUGACAUUUUUAUUUGAAUCAUUUAGCUAACGCUCUUCAAAGGUAGCGGAUAGAUCUAGAAGGAGAGAGGAAGUCACAAUAAACAGUUGCAUCUGAACCACUGGA